ACUGCGUUUUUAUUUGCGCGCAUUUGCUUUAUCCGGUGUUGGCCUCCACAUUCAAUCCACGGUCGUCGUCCCACAGCAGCUCUUCCAUGGCGGACAAACGUUCAAAUGAGACUGUCCUUGAGCAGCUGAAGAAUGGAAUUGCUCAGUUCGAGCUCGUCUCCUCACCCGUUCUCUCAAUUUCAUCUUCGAAUUCUCAGGCAAACCCAACGGCGUUGUUCGGAGACUACAGCCGCCGGUUCUUUGCUAGAAUUGGACCGUCACUAGGCAGAGGAUCAUCGGCCACGAAGAAAGUUGAACGCUAUUCGGUUCAGAAAGUUACUGGCGAUGGACGUUGUCUAUUUCGUGCACUGGUCAAAGGAAUGGCCUUCAAUAAAGGAUUUUCUCUUAGCCCAAGGGAGGAGAAAAAUGAUGCAGACGAACUACGGAUGGCUGUGAAAGAGAUUAUAUGUGAAGAUGAGGAAGAACGCCCCAAGUAUGAAGCGGCUCUGGUGGCAAUUACUGUUGACGAAUCCUUAAAACGUUACUGCCAGCGCAUCACAAGACCUGAUUUCUGGGGAGGAGAGUCGGAGCUGCUGGUGCUGUCAAAGUUGUGUGGGCAGCCAAUCACUGUUUACAUACCAGAGCAUGAGCAUACAAAUGGUGGGAGGAGUUCUGGUUUCAUUCCCAUUGCAGAAUACGGAACCGAGUUUGGUAAAGGUUCUAGAAACAGAAAACCCAGGAAGGUUGUGAGGCUCUUGUACAGUGGCAGCAACCACUAUGAUCUGCUUGUAUGAGGAGAAACAUAGAGAUAGAGAGAGAGAAGAACCUGGAGAUGCAUUUUGUUCUUGUAUUCAAGAAAGAUUUUAGAAUUCAAUAGAAUGGUACUAUGGUAGUGUACUUUUGUUGUAA